AUGCCUCCUCGUUCUAGUGUUCGCAAGGUUAUUGGACAGAAAGAGCAAGGAGGACCAGCUAAGCCAGGGAAGCCAAACUCGGGAAAGAACAAGAAUGGGCAAGGAAAAUCGAGCGAAAAUGCAAAUCAAAUCUUGAAAAAUAGACCAACGAUUAAACCACCAAAAGCGGAUAACUUCGGAGAUAUUGGUAUUCAAAGGUCCAAUCCAUCUGCAUAUUCACCGGGUGAUUUUGGUCAAAUCGAUGAGCUUCCACCUCUUUCUUCAGUUACAGAAGAUAAAUUCGAUGACAUGCUCCGCCAAAAACUUCAGCAAUGUCGUAUUAUCUGUAACUUCACUACAGAUUAUGCCGAUCUUAAAAGUAAAACAAUGAAACAGACUUAUUUGCAAGAAAUUUUAGAUCACAUUUCUCAACCAAGAUUCUAUCGCUUAAUGGAACCAGAAACAAUCCAGGCAUUAUUCGCUAUGAUCAAAGCUAACAUUAUUCGUUCCCUUCCUCCAAUCCCAGAUUUGGCGAAAGUUCCCAUGAUCGGAGAUGAUAUUAACGAUACAAUUUACGAGUCUGCUUGGCCGCACUUGGAAUUGGUCUACCAAAUCUUCCAGCGCUUCCUUGAAUCAGCAUUAUUAGAGCCAGCUUCAGUAGAACAGUACGUAGAUGCAUCGUUUAUUGUGCAGUUCCUCCUCCUAUUUAACUCUUCCGAUCAAAGAGAGCGUGAUUCCCUUAAAAUGGUUUUGCACAGAUUAUACCUGAAAUUUGUCUCAAAGAGACCUUUCAUUCGUCAAGCCAUUCAACACAUUUUCUAUACAUAUAUAUAUGAAACGAAAUACUUCUCCGGUAUCUUCGAAUUGCUUGAAAUUAUGGUUUCGAUUAUUAACGGUUACGCGAUCCCUCUUAAACAAGAGCACAAAGACUUCCUUACAAAGAUUUUGCUUCCUCUUCACACAUCCAACUUCCUUCAUACAUUCCAUCAGAGACUUUUCGACUGUGUCAACCAAUAUAUCAAGAAAGACGCUACGCUUAUACCAGUUAUAGUCAGGGAACUGCUUAAAAUCUGGCCAGUGUCAUGUUCUCUCAAGGAACUGAUCUUUAUCUCCGUAUUUUCAAAGAUUUUCGAUUCAAUGAGCGAUGAACAGUUCAAAGAAUUGAUGUUUGACCUAUUCCACAGAGUCGGAUUAUGUAUUACAUCUGAUAACUUCCAGGUUUCUGAAGCAGGAAUGCUUCUUUGGAAGAAUGAUCGCUUCAUCAAAUGCAUUAAAGCAAACGCCAAAGAACUUUACCCUAUUAUUUGUCCAUUCCUUUAUAAGACUGGUACAAAUCACUGGAACCCAGCCAUUAAAAAUUUGGCAGUUUCCGUCAUUAGAAUCUGCAUGCAGACGGCCAGCGACGUAUUCGAGGCAUUUAGCCGAUCGAUGAAGUCGCAGAGCUUGCAGGAAGCUAAUCGCAUUGCGGGAGAACGCGAUACGUGGAAACUUGUUAUUAAUACGGCCUUGACGCAAGAUUCGACAAUUGACGCCAAGGAAAAGAAUGCUGAUGUUGAUGCUGUUUUUGUAAAUAAUGAAGCAUAA